AUGGUAGGGGUCUGUGGCAACACUGGGAGUGGCAAGAGCAGCCUGUUGUCAGCCGUCCUGGAGGCGAUGCACUUGCUGGAGGGCUCAGUGGGGGUGCACGGAAGCCUGGCCUAUGUCCCCCAGCAGGCCUGGAUCAUCGCGGGCAGCGUCAGGGAGAACAUCCUCAUGGGAGGCCAGUAUGACGAGGCCCGGUACUUCCAGGUGCUCCCUUGCUGCUCCCUGACCCGGGACCUGGAGAUUCUGCCCUUCGGAGACAUGACGGAGCUGAGUGGGAGGCUGCCUUACUGGGUCGGGGAGCGGGGCCUCAACCUCUCUGGGGGACAGAAGCAGAGGAUCAGCCUGGCCCGCGCUGUCUACUCUGACCGCGACAUCUACCUGCUGGACGACCCCCUGUCGGCCGUGGACGCCCACGUGGCGAAGCACAUCUUUGAGGAGUGCAUUCAGAAGAAGCUCAGGGGGAAGACCGUGGUCCUGGUGACCCACCAGCUGCAGUAUUUAGAGUUUUGUGACCAGAUCAUUUUGUUAGAAGAUGGGAAAAUCUGUGAAAAAGGAACUCACAGUGAGUUAAUACAGAAACAGGGGCGAUAUGCCCAACUCAUGCAGAAGAUGCUCGGGAAAGUCACACAGGAGGGGCUGCAGGACACAGCAAAGAGGGCGGAAGAGCCUCGGGUGGAAGGUCAGGCCCAGACCACCUGCCGGGAAGAACCUCUCCCUGACAAUGCUGUGCUGGAAAAUCAGCUCACCCAGACGGAGAAGAUGGAAGAAGGCUCCCUGAGAUGGAGGGUCUACCACCACUACAUCCGGGCAGCCGGAGACCAACAGCAGCCGAGAGAGCAACAGGACCACUGCAGACCCAGGUGACAUCCUGGACAACCCUCAGCUGCCCUUUUACCAACUGGUGUAUGGCCUCAGCACCCUGUUCGUAAUCUG